AAAAUUUAUACUUUUUUAUUAAUAUUAAAAAGAAUUAUAUGAAUAUAUAGGAUGAGUUCAAGCUCUAAUGCAGAUCAAAGAGGGAGAGGUAAAAAUAAACAUUAUUGGACACCAACACAAGACAGUGUAUUAAUUGAAUGUCUUCUAGAGUUGAGUCAAAAUUCAACAUGGCGAGCUGAUUCUGGAUUUAAGAAUGGAUAUUUGCAACAAAUGGAGAUUAUGUUAGAGGAAAAAUUACCAGGCUCGAAGUUGAAUGCCUCACCUCAUAUUGAAUCUCGUAUUAAAAAAUUUAAAGGGGAAGUAUUCUUGCUUGGCAGAAUUAUUAUCUUUAAGUGGUUUUAGUUGGGACAAUGAACAUUCUUUAUUAUUGUGUGAGAAAAGUGCAUUUGAUGAGUAUGUGAAGAAACGAAAAGAUGCAAGUGGAUUAUAUGGGAAACCAUUUCCUUAUUACAACAAGCUAGCAGAAAUAUAUGGACGAGAUCGAGCUACUGGGACAAAUGCUGGUAAUGCUGAUGAUGAUGAAGAAGAAAUACACCAAAAUGAUGCAACUGGUGUAGAAUUUGGAGUUGAUGAUAAUAUAGAUGGCGGUGAGGAUGAUGAAGAAAUAGAUGAAUUUGAUGGUGUCUCACAUACUCAACAACCAAUUAAUAUGCGUCGUAGAUCUACUGAGAGUACUACUAGUAACCAACAACGUGGUAAGAAUAAAAAAACUAAGGUUAUGGAUGAAAUUUCUACAAAUAUUGGUGCAUUAGCAGAUUCUAUAUCUAAUAUUGUCCCGAAGUUUCAAGGAUUAAUUGAUGCAAUAUCUGAUAAGGAUGUAGCUGAGAUGCAAACCAAUUUAUUCACAGAAAUAAGCAAGAUUAAUGGCCUAACUCCAAUGUAGUGUAUUCAAGCAACCAACAUAUUGGCUAAAGAACCUCCAUUGAUGCGAGUGUUUUAUGCAAUAUCAGAUGAGAUGAAACUGCUAUAUAUCCUGAAUAUGUUGCAAAAUGAUGCAUAAUUUUAUAAUUGCUAGAUAUUUGGGAUUUUGUUUAUCUUUAUGUUUCACAUUAGAAUAUUUUCAUGUGGAGAUUUUAUUUGCGGUUUGGUCAGAUAUUGUUUAAUAGAAUAAU